GAUAUGUUAUUUUUAAAUAUAUUAGAAAAAAAAAAACAAAAUACCAUUUCACAUGUAAAACAAGAGGAGGCACACGUUAACUUCCCAUGGUCCUCGGAGCACCACAACUCAAAAAUUCACCGAAAAGGGGGCAAUUUCGUCUUCUGCAUAAAUGAUAACUCCCGCUAUCUCUGGUUUGUUACUCGAUCCGACCGACAAAAAUAAAAAUAAAAAAAAAUCUCAGAAAAAGAUACGAAAUUUAUUCAGAAGGAAGCCGUGUUCGAUUUCUCCGCACCUCAAAACCGCUCCUUUCAAUCGAUUCCUUCAUAUCUGCUCCUCUCAAUCGGUUCAGGUAAUCUUCAGCUUUCCGAUCCGCGGAAUUUCGAAGGUUUUCGCGUUUCUUCUGCCCCAAAUUCCUUCACUUUGAGUACCCGUUAGGGUUUCUAUGAAGGAGGAGGGUUUGUGAUGUUUACACCGCAGAGGAAGGGCUGGGCCGGGCCGGGCUUGCAGGAGAACGGCUCGGCGUUGCGGACGAACCCUAGGGGUUCGUUAGGGUUGGUUCUUGGUAGGGGAAAGGGUGUGGUUGGUGCGGCGGAGGAUACUCCAGUGCCGCCGCCUAAGGGGUUAUUGGGGGAGAAAGAUGGAGAACGGAAAGGUAUGGGUGUUGAUGGCAGUGGUUCUGAGGACUGGAAGAGGUUUAGGGAGUCCGGGCUUUUGGAUGAGAAGGUGCAGCUGAGGAAGGACAAAGAAGUGCUCGCAGAGAGGGUUUCUGCACUGGAGAUUGAGCGCGAUGAAUGCUUAUACAACAUGGGCCUGCUUCUUAUCGAAAAGAACGAGUGGUCUUCACAAAUGGAAGAACUGAGACAAGCAUCAGCAGAAGCACAUGAAACUUUGAAGAGAGAACAGACAGCACACAUCAUUGCCUUGUCUGAGUUGGAGAAACGUGAAGAAAAUUUGAAAAAAGCUCUGGAGGUCGAGAAGCAAUGUGUGAUAGAUCUAGAAAAAGCAUUGCGUGAGAUUCGAGCUGAAAUUUCCGAGGCUAAGUUUACAUCCGAGAAUAAAUUAGCUGAGGCGCGUGCGCUCGAGGCCAACCUAGAAGAGAAACAAUUACAGAUUGAUUCGAAAUGGCAUGCUGCGGAUGCGAGGCUUGCGGAAGCAAAUCGGAAGAAUUCCGAAAUUGAUCGAAAAUUAGAGGAUCUUGAGGAUCAAGAACACAAAGUGCAACGAGAACUUUCUUCUUUACAUGCUGAGCGGAAAGUGCUCGAAAAUGAUUACUCUAAACAACGCGAGCAUUUACUGGAAUGGGAGAAGGAGCUGCAGGAAAAACAAAGAAGGCUUCUUGAGGAACAAAGACUUAUUAAUGAGAGGGAGGAGAGGGCAAAUGAUCUGGAUAUGAUUCUGAAGAAGAAGGAAGUAGAGGUUGAAGAUGCAAAAAAAAAGAUUGAUGUCAUUGACAGUGCUCUUAAAACUCAAGAGGAUGAUUAUAAAGUAAGAUUAAGUGCUCUGACUGUUAGAGAGAAGGAUGUCGAGAUUAAGAGUUUAAAUAUGGAGAAGAAAGGAAAGGAUCUAUUGGAAAUAGAAGAAAAACUCAAUGCCAGAGAAAGAGACGAGAUUCAAAAGCUUUUGGAUGAGCACAAUGCAGUCUUAGACGCCAAGAAACAAGACUUCGAGUUAGAGAUGGCUAAGAAAAGAAGAUCUUUUAAUGAAGAGGUAGAAAACUAUAUGGAUAUAUUGGGCAAAGAUGGAAAUAUAAUCAAAUCCAAAGAGGAACAGCUCCUCCAAAAAGAAGAGGCCUUGGAGAUCAAAGCCGGCGAAAUUAAAAGCAAAGAAGAGGAUCUAAAUGCAAAAUCUAAAGCUUUGAAGAAGCGGGAGGACUCCCUGAAAACCAAUGAGAAACUUUUGCAAGAACAAAGGAAGAAGCUACUCGAGGAUUCCAAUGAGAUAGAAACAUGUAGAGCUAAACUUCAUAACGAGAAGUUAGCUAUUGAAGCCGAGGUCCAAAAAGUCAUCUUUCAGAACGAAAAUCUCAAACUAACUCAGGAAGAACGGGAACAUCAUCUCAAGCUCCAAACCGAGUUGAUGUUCGAAAAGGAUCAGUAUCAGAUGAUGAUGGAAUCACUCGAAAAGCAAAAGGAGGCGUUGAGAGAGGAAAGGGAGAAGUUUGAGAGAGAGUGGGAGGCACUAGACGAGAAAAGGGUGGCAUUAGAAGCAGGCUCGAAACAACUACGGGCUGAGAGAGAGAAGUUUGAGAAAUGGAGACAUGACGAAGAGGAGAGACUGAAACACAAAAACUUGGAGGCCCUAGCUGCUGUGCAGCGGGAGCUCGAAGAUCUGAGAUUGCAGAAAGAAACAUUCGAGAAGUUGAUGGCGCAGGAGCGUUCUGGUGCCCGUGCUAAUAUCGACAGCGAAAGGGCUGAUAUGUUUCGUGAGUUUGAACUGUUUAAGCAUCGGCUUGAGAUGAGCGAGCAGAGGAAGCAGGAUGAUACGGAGAAGAAGUUUCAAGAGAAGAAGAAUGAGUUUGAGAUGUGGAGGGAAACGGAACUGAGUCGACUCAACUCUUCAAACGAGUCGAAUGAUUUAGAACGGAGGAGGUUGGAGAUGCAACAAAAUCAAUUAAUGAGGGAAAAAGAGGAGUUUUCAGAGCAAAGACGAAAAUUAGAGGCAGAUCGAUGUGAAAUUCAGAAGGAUAUAGAGACUCUUAUAAGGUUAAGUAAGAAUCUGAAAGAUCAGCGGGAAGAAUUCGCGAGGGAGAGAGACUUGUUUCUCACUGCAGCCGAGCAAUGCAAGACUUGCCACAACUGCGGUGUUCCGAUUAAUAAAUUCAACCUUCAGCCAUUAGGAGCUACCUAUGAUUCUGAAGAUGUUCUUUUGCCAAGCCUCACAGAUGGCUUUUUAGAAGAGCAUGUAAAAGGCCCAGUUGCAGGAUCGGCUGAUUCGGGUAGCAAUGUAAAACGCUGGUUUCAAAGAUGUGCUAAUCUUUUCAAGGUUUCCCCAAAAAAUAAUAAUUUUUCUCCCGCUGAAGAUCAGACCGAAACUUCGUUCGUUCAACGACUUGAUGGGGCUGCUUCCGAGAAUGCUGAUUACGAAUCCCCACCUUCUGGCUCUUUUGAAGAUCAGAUAGUUCAUGUAGACAGUGGAGAUGUGGUGACAGGAGAACUCCACGGAGUAGAUGAUGCAGAAGCUUCAUUUGAUGGAGCCAAUGGUUCCAUGGAUAUCCCAAAGAUCGACUCAGAUAAUGGCUCACAGAAGACUCCGAUUGUUACGGAUGACAGGAAUAAUGAAUUGGAAGGAUCUUCGAUAAAUGUGGAGAAUGAUUUACAUCCGGAACCUUCCGAGCAGGGGCAGCGACGUCGGCCCGGCAGGAGAGCGAAAUCUAAGGCCAUCCACAGAACCCGCUCUGUGAAGUCCGUUGUUGAAGAUGCAAAGGCCAUUCUUGGAGAUGUUUAUGAAACAAUGGUCGAUGACGAACGGAGUAGCGAUGCUAAAGUUUCCGAAAACAUUCCAAACGAGAACUUUGAUGCUUCUGGAAAAGCUGAUCAAGCACCAAUCCGUAGAGGGAGGAAAAGGCGUUCGGAAGAAAUGGAACCCGAGGGCAACAAACCUCUUUCUACUCGGGGACGGCCUAAAAAGCAGCAGACUUCUUCGCGGCCAAUGACCCCUGGAGAGAAGCGCUACAAUCUGCGACGGUCUACCGUUGCAAAUACUGCUGAGAGCCUUAAACUGUUACAAGAAAGCAAUAUUGUGGAGGAUGGACAACCAGUUAGCAAUAAGGUGGAGAUUGACCAACCAGAAAGCAGUAUUGAGGGUGGUAAAUCAGUAAGAAAUAAGUUCGAGGGCGGUCAACCUGGAAGCAAUAAGGUGGAAAGUAGUCAACUAGUAAGCAAUGAAGUGGAGGGUGGCGGUCAUGGCGGUGGUGCUGCGGAAGGAAACUCGUUCCAUGAUCCGCAGCCGUCUCGUUCCUUCGAUAACCCUGAAAAUGUUCUGCAUGAGUCUGCUGUUCCAAAUGCUGUGGAAGUUCCGUCUGAAAAGAAUUCUCAGAACAAAAGCCAUGAAGUCAAUGACAGCGGCAUCAUCGUCAAGUCAGUCAAGUUCAUCGAGUGCAUUCAAGACGAGAAUGAGGCCAGUGGAGAUGACAACAUCAUCGUCAAAUCGACCGAGUUCGUCCAGCGGAUCCCCGAAGAUGGGGAUGAAGCUGAUGGCGAUAACGAUGUUUUCAUCAAGUCAACCGAGUCUGGCGAGCGGAUUGCUGAAGAUGGCGACGAAG